AUAUAAAAUUUUACCAUAAAUAGUUGAAUGCUCGAGCUACACCAAAACGACCGGAUGUGAGCGCUCUCCUCACUCCCUCCUCUCUACACUUAUAUAGCUCUCCAACCAAAUAAAAAAGGAACAUAUUCGCUCUAUUCUACUCUUCAACUAAAUAAAAAAUAGAGUGCCUCCAUUAUGCUUACCAAGCUCAAAAUAAAACGACUCCAUUCUAAAAAAUCUAGAAAGCUAUUCCAUUCUAUUUGACUGUACAACCAAAUCUCACCCUUAACUGCACCAGCCAUGGCAGACCGCUGGUGGCUGGCACUCGCUGCUCACACUCACUGUCCAGUGUCCUUGUUGUCCACCACUCCCUCGAGUCCGUGACGCGUCAGCGUCACCGUCCGUCGUCGCAGACGAGCCCAGUGGCGACUGGCGAUUCGCUUUCGAACCGCAGUCGUCCCUGCUGUGUUCCCGGUUCCCUCCCUUCCUCCUCCUAUAGUUGGCUUCUCGCCACCCUCUGCCUUCGACCAACUUUCUCCCUUCUCCCCUCCCCGUUCCCCUCUCCAACUCCAAUCCAUGGCCUCCACGGAUCGCUCCGCGCCGGCGGAGGACCAGCAACAGCCGCAGCGCCCGUCCCUCUUCUCGCCGUACCAGAUGCCCCACUUCCGCCUCGCGCACCGGUUCCCUCGUGUCCCUGGGAUAUACAAUCAAGAGCAGACUGAUGCAUGGAAAAAGGUGGUUGAUGCUGUUCAUGCCAAGGGAGCCAUCUUUUUCUGCCAACUAUGGCAUGUAGGUCGAGCUUCUCACCAAGUAUAUCAGCCGGGUGGUUCUGCUCCAAUAUCCUCUACUGAUAAACCAAUAUCAUCAAGAUGGAGGAUACUGAUGCCCGAUGGAUCCUAUGGCAAGUAUCCAACUCCGAGGCGCCUAGCCACAUCCGAGAUACCAGAAAUUGUCGAGCAAUACCGACAGGCUGCCAUAAACGCCAUCAAAGCAGGUUUCGAUGGCAUCGAGAUCCACGGUGCCCAUGGCUACCUAAUCGACCAGUUCCUCAAGGACGGUAUCAACGACAGGGCUGACGAGUACGGUGGCUCACUCUCCAACCGCUGCCGGUUCCUCCUGGAGGUGACGCGCGCCGUGGUCUCCGCGAUAGGGGCAGACCGGGUGGCGGUCCGGGUGUCCCCGGCCAUCGACCACCUCGACGCGUACGACUCCAACCCGCUGCAGCUCGGCCUGGCCGUAGUGGACCGCCUCAACGCUCUCCAGGAGGAGACCGGGCGGCUGGCCUACCUGCACGUGACGCAGCCACGGUACACGGCGUACGGGCAGACGGAGUCCGGCCAGCACGGGAGCGCCGAGGAGGAGAGCCGGCUGAUGCGCGCCCUGCGGGGCGCCUACCGCGGCACGUUCAUGUGCAGCGGUGGGUACACGCGCGAGCUCGGCGUGGAGGCCGUCGAGUCGUGGGACGCCGACCUGGUGUCCUACGGGCGGCUGUUCAUCGCUAACCCGGACCUGGUGGAGCGGUUCCGGCGCGACGCCCCGCUGAACAGAUACGUGCGCAAGACGUUCUACACCCCGGAUCCCGUCGUUGGUUACACGGACUACCCGUUCCUCGGCCAGCCUAAGGCGCGCAUGUGAUUAUUAGUUAGGUUGGUAACUAUAAGAGGCGGACUAUUGUUCGUGUAUUGUGGCUUGAGAAAAUAAGCAAACACAUGGUGGUAGUGCUGUGCAAUAAGCCUUAGGUGCAAACAUGAGCCUCCUGGGCCUUUAGAUAAUGAUCUAAUUAUAGAUGUAAUUAUAGUUUUGUCAAGAAGUUAAUGUUUAUUUGCACAGCAAUCAGCAGUCAUCUCUCAUAUGGCAA